AUUUCAUUAAUCCCGAAGUGGAGAAUAGAAGGACUCAGCUGUUUACCUGUCACUUUCACUCAUACACACACAUCUCUCAGAUAAUGACAGAGUUGGUUCCCUUGUUUAUUGUAAACAUUAGUUAUGAGGUUUAUCUGAGGUAGAGGUCUUUAAUAAUUAGCUGUAUGAAUUCUGAUGGUGUCUUCUUUAUGAUUUGUCGUAUAUAAAGGAAAUUUCAAGAUCAGAAACUUGAGUGUCGCGAGGGUUAGUGUACUCUUGUAGACUAAAUCAGACUGUAUUCAGGACAUCUCCCAGAUAUCACUUUCGGACUCCGUUUAUUUGUUAUCAAACCAGAGAGCUUUGAGAUGAAAUUGUAUACGACAAAGAAAUUAUGAAGCAUACAUUAUUCUCUCAGACACUGAAGUGAAAGUGAAUAAAUCAUCUCUCUUUAACAUUAAUGUGGAAAUGAAUUAAUUCAGCACAAAUGAAUGCAUCAAGAAUUGAGUUAUUUGAGAUAAAUUAGUUGACAAAAACCAAUACUUCAUAAAACAUUUGUGGUAAAAUAUUUGCUAUGAGCAGUUUAUCUCAUACUAGAGAAAAAACAUAUCACUGUGAUACCUGUGGUAAAUCAUUCUCUGAAAAAUGUAACUUAACUAAACACGUACGUAUUCAUACUGGAGAGAAACCAUAUCACUGUGACACAUGUGAUAAAUCAUUUGCUCAGAAACGUUACUUAACUACACACCAAUAUAUUCAUACGGGAAAGCAUCCAUAUCACUGUGAUAUCUGUGGUAAAUCAUUCUCAGAAAAAAGUAACUUAAGUAAGCAUGUACUGAUUCACACCGGAGAGAAACCAUAUCAGUGUGAUAUAUGUGAUAAAUUAUUUUCACAGAAAAGUUCCUUAACUAUACAUAAACGUAUUCAUACAGAUGAGAAGCCAUAUCACUGUGAUGUAUGUGGUAAAUCAUUUUCUCAAAAAACUGUUUUAACUACACACAAAUAUAUGCACACAGGAGAGAAGCCGUACAACUGUGAUAUAUGUGGUAAAUCAUUUACUGAUACCAACCAAGUAACUAAACACAAACGAAUUCAUACAGGGGAGAAACCAUAUCACUGUGAUAUCUGUGAAAAAUCAUUCUCUCAAAAACGUUACCUCACUUCACACAAAUGUAUUCAAGGAGAAGAGAGACAUCACUGUGAUAUCUGUGGUAAAUUAUUCUCUCAUAUAAAUAUCUUAACUGAACACAUACGUAUUCAUACAGUAGAGAAACCAUUUCAGUGUGAUAUAUGUGGUAAAGCAUUCUCUGAAAGAAGUCCCUUAACAAAACAUGUACGUAUUCAUACUGGUGAGAAACCCUUUCAAUGUGACGUAUGUGACAAAUCAUUUUCUCAGAAGGGUCACUUAAAAACACAUCAAAAUGUUCACACGGGAGAGAAGCCAUAUAGCUGUGAUAUUUGUGGUAAUUCAUUUACUCAAAAGAGUCAUUUAACUACACACCAACAUAUUCACACAGGAGAGAAGCCAUAUAGCUGUGAUACCUGUGGGAAAUCCUUUUCUGAAAGAAGGCAUGUAACUAGACAUAAAAAAAUUCAUACAGGUGAGAAGCCACAUGGCUGUGAUAUCUGUGGCAAAUCAUUCUCUUAUAGAUUUCAAGUAACCAAACACAGAAGUAUCCACACAAGAGAGGAACAGUCACUAAUAUAAUUUCUACCAAAAGAUAUUUAAAAAAAUUUACAUGUACUUUUUCUCUUAAAGUAGCUAUUUCAUUUUUGCUAUAUAAAUAUUUGCACUGGAGAGAAAUCAUAUUACUAUUGAUAACCUGUGAGAAACUGUUAUCCCAAAUUAGUUGAUUAUUUUGCCAUAAACGUUUUUAACACAAUUAAAAGCAUGUCCUUAUGAUCCAUUGUAAAUCAUUGUGUGUGGAAGUGCAAUGGCCCAGUGGUUAGGGGAGCGGACUCGCGGUUUCGAUUCCCAGACCGGGCGUUGUGAGUGUUUAUUGAGCGAAAACACCUAAAGCUCCACGAGGCUCUGGCAGGGGAUGGUGGCGAACCCUGCUGUACUCUUUCACCACAACUUUCUCUUACUUCCUGUUUCUGUUGUGCCUGUAAUUCAAAGGGUCAGCCUUGUCACACUGUGUCAUGCUGAAUAUCCCCGAGAACUACGUUACAGGUACGCGUGUCUGUGGAGUGCUCAGCCACUUGCACGUUAAUUUCACGAGCAGGCUGUUCCGUUGAUCGGAUCAACUGGAACCCUCCACGUCGUAACCUAUGGAGUGCCAACAACAACAAAAUCAUUGUCUAAAGGAAACGUCUUACACAGAUAUACUCAGUCAGGGUAGAAGCCUUAUUUCCAUUAAAUCUAUGACUAAAUUUCUUUUAUAAAUAGUUAAAAUGUAUUUACACUGGAAAAAAAUUCAAAUUUAUGUGACAACUAUUGGUAAACUCUCUCUUUGAGUAAUCAUUUGAUUUAUUUACACUGGUUGUCUUUUAAUAUGUGAGAGACCUCAAUCUCUAAUUGUGGUGGGAACGCAAUCUCUAAUUAUGGAGGGAACCUGUGGAAGAUGAGGGAUGAAGUGAUGAGAAAGGAUCUUCAGACACUGGGCCACAUGGCAGGGAUGACAAGGGCCACAUGGCAAGGAUGACAAUGACUUGUGGCUAUUUGCUGUACUUGAGAAGACACGUCAAGCUAAGUAAAAUUGUAGCCAUCCAUACAUACAGGCAUGUCCUUUAUGGCCACGUCCCUACACCAUCUCCCAGCCGAGAAACCUUUGUCUUGCAGGUGCUGGUGCCACAUAGAAUGCACUCAUGCCAGUGCUACAUAAAUGCACUCAUUCUGGUGGCACAUAAAAAGUACCUAGAACUCUCUGUGAAGUGGUUGGCAUUAGGAAGGGCAUCCA